GCCAAUUGCUCGACAUUUGAGGCAACAGAAUGAAAGACACAGCAAUCCUGAUUACGCUGGCGGUUUUCUGCCUGGCGGCAAACGCGGCAGGCAACACCAUACUCACCUGCCACAGCUGCGAGGGCGCCGAGUGCCAGCGCAGCUCGCUUCAUAAGGAGCAGGCAUGCGUGGAUUCCCUGGACUACUGUGUGACCGUCUUCGAUGAAGCCGAGGUCCUGUUCAAGGGCUGUUCUCUGGAGAUCCCCAACGCAUUGCGUGCGCGCAGCAACGAUCCCCACUCCUCCCACAAGUGCAACACCAAUCGCUGCAACACUGUGGGCUCGGCUAAGUAUGCCUGCAUCCAGUGCGACUCCAGCAAGGACUCCAAUUGUGCUGAGAAUGCCGCCACACUGCAGGCCGCUCGCUGUGCCGCUCCCACCGCCCCCAACUCGUACUGCUAUGUGAAGUCAUCGGGCAGCACGACCCAGCGUGGCUGUGCCACCACGGAGACCGACCAGCAGAGCUGCCUGGGGGAUGCCAACUGCCUUCUGUGCUCCCCGGGUGACAUCCGCAACUGCAAUGCCGUCAAUAUUUCCGGAGCUUCGACCAUUGGCAAUCGUUUCACUCGCUUUCUCAGAUAAUUUCUUGAUUAAAUACGAACGUUUAAGAUAAAAUAAAUGUACAUUGGCUGUGCAAA